AUGUCAGUAGAUAUUGAGACUUAUGCAUCAGAGCUUAAUGCUUAUGUCUGGCAUGUAUUCAAUGAUCGAGGUUUGUAUAAACCAAAGGAAGAAGUGCAUAUAAAAGGUUAUGUUCGAUUACUGAAAGUAAAAGGUGAAGCAAAAUUACCAACUUAUGCUCAUGGUACAAUUGAUUAUACAAUUUAUGAUCCUCAUGGUCAACAACUUCAACAGCCAAAAGUUGAAUUGAAUAAUUAUGGUGCAUUUGAUAUAAAAUUUACAUUACCUGACAAUGUUAACUUAGGUAAAGUUGUAUGUUUGUAUUUGUUGCUUUCCCCAUCUUUAGCCUUCAUAUAUCGCACGAAUCCUGCAUCUUUUCAUUUAACAUAUAUUUGCAAGUAAGACUAGUAAUGUAUUCAAGAGCAUCAGUCAAAACAAUUUCAAAUAUUAUAUUUAGCAUCCUGAAAUUGGUUUUUUUGUAGCAACGAAAAUUUCAUUAGAAGUUUUCUUUUGGUGCGAGUGAAGUCUUCUAACGUAAGUUUCAUCUGCUGGUUUUAUAUCUAUUGACUUCAAUAAUUGUACUUUUUCAUGUUUCUGCGGCUUUUAAUCUCCAAAAAAGAACUAUCCUUGUUUCGCAAGGUUCACCUCAUUAAGUCCAUUUCAUUAGUACAUAUCAUUCUAAAUGGUUCUUCAUAAUCAAUAGACAGUUAAUCCUGAAGCAUUGGUUUAGAAGUUAUCGACAUUGUAGAUCAGAAUGAAACUCAUAAAUUAUUCACUUUAAAAAAAUUAGAGAGGAGAAUCAACAUCCCUUAUAUUUAUUCUCAAAGGUUGCCAUUUUAUAAAGAACACUGAGCUGUAUACACUCUGAAAUUGUCUUGGCGAACGGACAAGUGUUUUAUUUAAAAUUUUAAUUAAAAGUUCAAGUGCUGAACUUCUUUGUCAAAACUGUCAAAUGCACUCAACGACGAUUAUAGACAUUUCACUCUUGCAUAGUUUGAUAGAAAAUAAAAAUCUAUAGUUAUAGUUCGGCCAUGCAAAAAAGUUAUAUGUUUCAUUUUGAGAUGUUAACUAAUAAUUAGCUAAAAUAACGAAUGUUCUCUCCGGUAGUUUAUCCUUUUAUUUACAACUGAAUAGCUUGUUGAGAACAAUUCAUUAGUGAAAAGCUCUUACCAAGGUCUGCAAAACUCUAUUGUUGUUUUUGCAGAAACUUCUUCAUAAGAGGUUUAUCGAAGUAGUUUUACAUGUAGUGAGUUCCCCAAGUGAGUACUUAUACGAAUUACUGCUAAUGAGUUGUUCUGCACGCAAUAAAUUUUUUCGUAAAAAAAUUAUAAUAUGAUUUUUGAUCAUAAAUGUACUGAAAGAUAAUCGACUACUGCAUUGCACAUCACCGCAUGUUUCGAUAUUUAUCGAACAAUCAUAAAACUAUUAUUUCCUACUAAGACUAUUAAGAUUUUCAGAAAAUAUAGAGAAUUGUUUUUGUCGACAUUUUAUCGCUAUCAAAAAUUUUCUAGAAUAAUCAUUUAUACCUGAGACUGUUCGAGAAGUCUCUGAGAUCUUAUGGCAAACUCUUAAGUCAGAAAAAACUCUUCGAGCGAUUUCUUAAGAAUUUCAGGCAUUUUAGAUAAAAAAGAAUGGUUUUAGAACUUUUCUAAUUUCAUAUUUCUGAAGGUCUUUUUGCAGUUCUUUAGAAAAAUCUUUUUGCUUUUGAACUGAAGAGUUUAUGGAUUAAUAAACCUUAUGAAUAAGUAAUUUGAUGACUGGUUUCCAAGUUUUUAAGAAGUUUUUAGAGAACUCUAAAGAACUCCUAGAGAC